UUAGCCACCUAAAUAUAGCUCAUUCAAAAAUAACAAGGUACAAAGGAGUAUUCCAAACAUGCACCGUGUCAAGGUACCCAUCAAAAUAAAUUAGAAAAAUCAACUAUGAACAUAGCCCUAUUGAAUUUUUUUGAAAAUAUAUAUAAAAAUAAAUAAAUAAAAAAACUACCCUACACUACACUACAGAUACCAAAAAGUACAUACAACCCUAUAAAUUAAGACAAGUUCUUUGCAACCAUUGUUUUGAACGGUCAUAUAUAUAUAUAUAUAUAUAUAUAUAUAUAUAUAUACAUUGAUUUAACCACUAAAUUGGCUUGAUAACAUGUAUCAUUUGCUUGGAUUAUUACAAGCCGGCCAAAGAUUUAAAGGAAUCCAUACAAGAGUCUUUUAAGCAGCAGGCAUCAUCCAAAUGGAGGGAAGCCAAGCACAACAUUUCUAAUCACUUGGUUUAUCAUUUGAAGAGAAAACCAAAGCUCUUCACCUCAAUCUCCUCUCAAAUAAGCAACCCAAAAAAACUCCAAGCAAACAAUUGUCAACUCUAAGAAGACCAAAGCCAAACAAAGUCUCAACUAACACCAUCCCUUCUUCAAUUACAAUGGCUUCCUUCUCCACUUCUCCAUCCCUGAAUGUAGUAAUACUAGUGUUCUUCUCAUUUGUCACUUGUUUUGUUCCUGCAAUCACAUCAUAUACUUUGUUUAAUUUCACAUCAUUUAGCCCAAACACCCCUGGGAUUAACUACUCCGGCGAUGCCUAUGCCAAUGGAGACCAUAUAAUUCAGCUGACACGCAAUCAGGCCGAUGGCAACCUUAUAUUCAGUGCAGGCCAUGUGGUCUAUACAAUGCCAAUCAAAAUCUGGGACAUGGCAACUGGCUUUGCUGCCGACUUUGUCACACACUUCAACUUCAACAUCAAGGUUCUCAAUGAGAGCAACUACGGAGAUGGUCUUGCAUUCUUCAUGGCACCAGUGGACUACAAAAUGCCACUCAACGCCACCGGGCAGUGGCUAGGCCUUUACAACACCACCACCAACAAUUCCUCAGCGACGAGGCUUCUUGCUGUGGAGUUUGAUACUUACAAAAAUAGAUGGGAUCCUGAUGGAAAUCACAUUGGCAUAAACUUCAAUUCAAUAGUCUCCAACCAGACAAUGAGUUGGCAUAGUGAUCUCAAAGAGGAGAACCAGGGCUCUGCGUGGAUAGGCUACAAUAGCACCACAAAUGAUCUCUAUGUCUUCCUUUCCUAUGAUGGAGAAGCAUUCAAUGGCACUCCAAGCUUGGCAUACAAUCUUAAUCUCAGUCAAGUUCUUCCUCCAACAGUGAUUGUCGGAUUAUCAGCUUCGACAGGACACUCAACAGAACUACACCAGAUAAUUGCCUGGGAUUUUAAUUCUUGUUUUGGAGACGGUGAGCAAUUGAAUGGAACAGGACCAGCCAGUCAUGAUCAGGUGAGGAGGCAUGUGCCUUGGCUGGUGGGAAUUGUCAUCAUCGCAAUCGGAGUGUUGGUGACCGGCAUUGGGUACUUCCUGUUUGCAAAGAAAGAAAUGCAAGUCAGGAAGAAAAAAGACAAUGAAAUCUUUGCACUUGACAGAUCAAUGGAGGAUAAGUUUGUACAAGUGACAGGGCCAAGGAGGUUCACAUACAAAGAGCUGAUUGCUGCAACAAAGAACUUCAACGAACAAGGCAAGCUUGGGCAGGGAGGAUUCGGAGGAGUGUAUUUGGGAGUUUUAAGCAAAAGCUCAAAGACAGAGAAGGUGGCUGUGAAGAAGAUCGCCCCAGGUUCAAGCCAAGGAAGGAAGGAGUACGUAUCAGAGGUGACAGUGAUAAGUAGGCUGCGCCACCGGAAUCUGGUGCGAUUGAUAGGCUGGUGCCAUGAGUAUAAUGAAUUACUCUUGGUUUAUGAAUACAUGCCCAAUGGCAGCCUUGACUCGCAUCUUUUUGGCAAGAUGGGUUCUCUAGAAUGGCCAGUAAGGUACAAGAUUGCUCAUGAUCUUGCCUCUGCACUGCUCUAUCUCCAUGAAGAGUGGGAACAGUGUGUGGUUCACCGGGAUGUGAAGUCCAGCAAUGUGAUGCUUGAUUCCAGUUACAAUGCCAAGCUUGGAGACUUCGGCCUUGCCAGGUUUGUAGACCAUGGCCUUGGCUCACAGACUACAGUGCUUGCAGGGACAAUGGGGUACCUUGCGCCAGAAUGUGUGACAACGAGCAAGGCAAGCAAGGAGUCUGAUGUGUAUAGCUUUGGAGUGGUGGCUCUGGAGAUUGCUUGUGGACGAAAGCCAGUGGAUCCUAAAGCAGGUGAGGCGAAGAUGAGGCUGGUGGACUGGGUGUGGGAGCUCUAUGGACAGGGGAGGCUCAUUGAAGCUGUGGAUGAGAGACUGAAUGGUGAAUUUGAAAAGAAGCAAGUUGAGAGGUUGAUGACACUGGGGCUGUGGUGUGCUCACCCUGACCAUAAUUUCCGGCCAUCAAUCAGGCAGGCUAUACAGGUACUGACACUUGAAGCUCCAUUGCCCAGCCUUCCGGCAACUGUGCCACAGCCCACAUACUAUGCUCCGCCAUUGGCUUUUGAUGGAUACACAAGCACAGGUAACUUCACUUAUUCUUGCAAAACAGUGACAACGAGAGGGCAUGAUCGUUCUUCCCGAGCCUCAUCCAGGGCUUCUUCUGCUGAUACUCUGUUGGAUGGCAGCUCCAAUUCAAGAGAAAUCUGACCAACACAACAUAAGCUGUUUGCUCUUUGGUUUUUCCAGUUUGAAGAACUCUGCAAUGACAUAUGUUGAUUUGUGUCUGCUGAUGACCACAUGUUCUUUUUAUCCUUCUCAGAGAGUAUUUAGGCAUGAUCAGAGAAUAAUUCAGUGUUGUUGCAGAUUAUCUGCUGAAGUCCAUUGCAUAUAUAUAUGCAGCCGAAAUUUUCUGUAUAUCUGACUGCUCCAGCCUGCAUCAAUCCCUAAACAAAGAAAAAAAAAA